CAACCAAACAGAUGACCAAAGAUAGAAAGGAAUGUAGUAAAACAGAAGUUAGGUUACCAGUAGUAACCAAAAUGAAAAAAAAAACUGAAAACUAAUAGAGUUAAAAACAAGGGCAAUGAACAAGAAGAAGGAAGCUACAAAUAAGUUAUUGAAGAAGUUCCUGUAGCUAGACUAAUGUUUCUUUGAUUUUCUGAAAUAUAAUAAAGAAAAGAAGAUGGAUUCGGGGCUAUCGUGGGCUGAUCAAUGGGAUACAAACCCUGACCCUCCUCCCAGUGGUACAAAAGAAGAUGAAGGCAAAAAGAAAAAAAAGAAGGACAAAGAUGGAAGAAGAAGCUUCGGGAAGACCAUACUUGGGUUUAAAUGGAUGAAGGAUCUCCGCAAGAAAUCUGAAAAGUGAUUA